AUGAAUUUGCAGAUGCCAAAAAUCUUGGAAUCGGAAUUGGAAGUGGCACCUAGGUGCGAGUGAUGUGAUCUAUGAAGCACUGCACCCGUUCGAGUUUAUUACAAUUCAAAAUGAAACAUAUAUCAUAGAACUCUUCCAAAAUGAAACCACCUUGAUUGAAUCUAUUACAAUUAUGAAUUAACAAAUUAUGUUCUUUUUCACUUAUUUUUGCAGGCAAAAAGAAUACCAGUAUUAUCAUUAUCAUUGUUGUUUCCGUUGUUGCCUUCGUAUUCCUGGUUCUUGGUGUUGGCAUCUUUGUCAGGAAGAGAAUGAAACGCAAGACAACCGAAUUGAUCAAUCCUGACUUUUCCGGUGAGAUCAGUUCCACUGAAUCCAUACAACAUGAUUUUGGCAAAAUCAAAGCAGCAACAAAUAAUUUCUCUGAUGAUAACAAACUUGGCCAAGGUGGCUUCGGAGCAGUUUAUAUGGGAAAACUGGUAAAUGGGCAAGAAAUAGCAGUGAAAAGAUUGUCGAAGGAUUCGGGUCAAGGUGAUCUUGAAUUCAAGAACGAGGUCUUGUUACUAGCUAAGCUCCAACAUAGGAAUUUGGUUCGGCUUUUGGGUUUCUCCAUUCAAGGAAUUGAACGUCUUCUUAUAUAUGAGUUCGUCCCGAAUGGAAGUCUAGACCAAAUUUUAUUUGAUCGGACCAAGUCCUCGAGAUUGGAUUGGGAUAGUCGAUAUAGAAGUAUAAUAGGCAUCGCUAAGGGAGUUCUAUAUUUGCAUGAAGAUUCCAGGCUCAUGAUUAUUCAUCGUGAUCUCAAGGCAAGCAAUGUCCUUCUUGAUGAAAAUAUGAAUCCUAAAAUUGCAGAUUUUGGUAUGGCAAAAUUAGUCUUGCCAGAAGCAACUAUGCAAAAUACCAACAGAAUCGUUGGAACCUAUGGAUAUAUGGCACCAGAGUACGCAAGUUACGGUCUCUUCUCCGUCAAGUCAGACGUAUUUAGCUUCGGUGUCAUAGUUCUGGAGAUAAUAACUGGCCAGAGAAAAAUAUUUACCCAAAAUGGAGAGAAGUUAGGAGAUCUUUUGAGUUGUGCUUGGAGAAGUUGGCGGGAGGGGACGACUGCGAAUAUGAUUGAUCCGAAUUUGAGGGAAACUUGUGGGCCCCAACCAGAUAUGAUGAGAUGUAUUCACAUUGCUUUGUUGUGUGUUCAACAAGAGGCGGCUGACAGACCAACAAUGGCUUCAGUUGUUGUAAUGCUCAAUAGUUCCACGAUAACGCUACCUAUUCCAAAGGAGCCCGGAUUUUACUUUUCAGGAGCGUCAUUCCCUCACGAUGAGUUUAAUUCAAAUCAAUUCGAGUCCGGCACUCCAUCACAAAGCCUACUAGCUCAAUCUUCUGAGUUUUCUAGCUCUUCUAUAGUAUAGUAUGAAGAAAAUAGGUAUUUAUUCAUUGUUGUAUCAUUUAUUUUUUCAUGCUUGUGUGCAUGAUGUUAUGAGCAAAUGCGUGUUAGACUAGUUAUUUUUCCUAUAUAUCAGUUUUCAGUAGGGCUGGGGCUGGGGCUGGGGUUGGGGCUGAGUUUGUUUUUAUCCACGAACCGAUUCAUUACCGAUCAUAUUUUUAGACGGAUAAUAAUUUUUUAACCGACACA